AUGGGUGACUGGAGCUUCCUGGGAAGGCUGCUAGAGAAUGCACAAGAGCAUUCCACUGUGGUUGGCAAGGUCUGGCUGACAGUGCUGUUCAUCUUCAGGAUCCUGGUGCUGGGAGCCGCGGCUGAGGAAGUGUGGGGGGAUGAGCAGUCCGACUUCACAUGUAACACCCAGCAGCCCGGUUGCGAGAAUGUCUGCUACGACCAGGCCUUCCCUAUCUCCCACAUCCGCUUCUGGGUGCUGCAGAUCAUCUUCGUCUCCACGCCCACACUGAUCUACCUGGGCCACGUGCUGCACAUCGUGCGUAUGGAGGAGAAGAAGAAGGAGCGCGAGGAGGAGCUGCUGGGCAGAGACAGCCAGCACCCGGGGGCUGGGGCCCAGGAGCUGCCGGGUAGGACAGGGAAGAGAGAGAAGGCACCCGUCAGGGAUGACCGAGGCAGAGUCCGCAUAGCAGGCGCUCUGCUGCGCACCUACGUCUUCAACAUCAUCUUUAAGACUCUCUUUGAGGUCGGCUUCAUUGUUGGCCAGUACUUCCUCUAUGGCUUUGAGCUGAGGCCCCUCUACCGCUGUGACCGGUGGCCCUGCCCCAACACGGUGGACUGCUUUAUUUCCAGACCCACAGAGAAGACCAUCUUCAUCAUCUUCAUGCUGGUAGUGGCCUGUGUGUCUCUCCUCCUCAAUAUGCUGGAGAUCUACCACCUGGGCUGGAAAAAACUCAAGCAGGGCAUGACCAACCAUUACAGCCCGCAUGCCGCCGAAGCCAGCCUGGUGGCCACAAAGCCCGCAGGGAUCAGUCCACUCCUCCUCCCAACCCAGUCCACUCCAGCCACUGUCACCAUCGGAUUUCCGCCUUAUUACACCCAUUCUGCCUCUUCCCUGGGGCAGACAGCGGCCACAGGAUAUCCUGGAGCCCCACCACCCCCAGCGGAUUUCAAAAUGGUAGCCCUGGCCGAGGAUCAUGGAAAAGGCCACCCUGCCAGAUACUACAACAGCUGCAACCUGCUGAUGAAUGAGCAGAACUGGGUCAACCAGGAGGCUGAGCAGCAGGCUUCUGAGAGGAAGGGGAGCCUGCCAAUGCCCGCCUCCGCAGCCCCCUCUCCCCUGAGCAGCACUCCACCAUUGCCCUUGGAGGGCAGGGCUCACAAUCACGUGCCUCUCCUUCUGGUGAACGGGAGCUCCAGCAGCUUGGGAGAAAGCAAACUGGGAGAGACUCCUGAGGAGGAGGUGCCAGCAGGGACCGCCACGGUGGACAUGCACACGCCUCCUCUGCUCCUCAGCGACCCUGGCCGGGCCAGCAAGGCCAGUAAGUCCAGCAGUGGGCGGGCCAGAGCAGAUGACUUAGCCAUCUAG